AUGGCCGGAUACAACGCCUCACCCGUAUCCUCCGACGAGCUCGAGCAUGCGCUACAUCCAUUUUACCCCGUAGGGGCCAUCAUCAAAGACUACGCUGCGAAUACACUGAGCUCGCCCGUCAUCUUGGUGUACUUCUUCGCGCUGGUCGUUGCCUUCCUGCUGCCUGCGGCAUAUGCCUUGACGCGCGCACGCAGCGGCCAGGGGCUACCGCGCCAGGAGUUUGCUGUAGCCAUGUGGUUCGCUCUUUGUGGCUACAUCCACCUCGCUGUCGAGGGCUACUUCGUGUUCAACCACGCAACUCUGGCCGCAGACCGUGGUCUUUUCGGCCAGAUGUGGAAGGAGUACGCGCUAUCGGACUCGCGCUACCUGACCUCGGACACCUUCACCGUCUGCAUGGAGACGGUUACGACCGUUCUCUGGGGGCCCUUGUCACUAUUGGCGGCUUACUUCAUCGCUAUUGACCAUCCUGCUCGCCACCCACUGCAAUCUAUCAUCAGUUUCGGGCAGAUAUAUGGAGACAUUCUGUAUCUAUCGACCGUGUUCUUUGAUGAAGCCUAUCGGGAGACGGCGUACUCACGACCGGAGCCGUUCUAUUACUACGGCUACUUCAUCUUCUUGAACGCUAUCUGGCUCGUCAUUCCAGGCCUGCUGCUGCUUCAGAGUACUGUAGCGACGAUUAACGCCUUUGCGUUUGCGAAAGCGAAGGGGGGAGUGAAGGGCAAGAAGACAAACUAG